UACACACACACACAUACAUAUUGCUAAUGCAUUGUGCUUCUUUCUAUACGGCGAGAGAAAGAGAAAGAAAAAGAGAGAGAGAGAGCACGGCGGCGAGUGUCUGUUCCACGGUGGUUGUCAUGGCGGAGGUGGUGAAUGUGCGCUUCGAAACGGUAUCUUCAUCAGCAAGAGUGGCACCAAUUGACGAGGAAAUUGGCAAUGAAAAUAUUAAUCAACAAUCUCUGCAAAACUCAGAAAUGCCAUCAAUUGAAGGGUUUGAAUCUUGGCUACCAAUUACAGAAUCCAGAAAGGGUAAUGCUUUUACUGCUGCAAUGCAUUUAUUAUGCUCUGGAAUUGGAGUCCAAGUUCUCAUACUUCCCAUGGCAUUCAUCGCACUAGGAUGGUCAUGGGGCAUUGUUCUUCUGUGCAUGGCAUUCUCGUGGCAGCUCUACACUACAUGGCUUUUAGUGCAUCUUCACGAAUCAGCAAAUGGAAUUCGUUACAGCAGAUUUCUCCACAUCUCUAUGGUAGCUUUUGGUCCAAAAUUAGGGAAGUUGCUGGCUAUAUUCCCAACAAUGUACCUGUCAGGCGGCACGUGCGUCUUAUUCAUAAUCAAUGGGGGAUGGAUCAUGGAACUUUUCUACAAAGUCAUAUGUGGCGAUAAUUUGCAAUGCAAUGACCGGACAUUAACCGGUGCACAAUGGUUCUUGGUGUUUGUAUGCUUGUCAAUUUUGUUGUCUCAGUUCUUUCCAAAUUUGUACUCUCUGUCCCGGGUUUCAUUUAUUGGUUCGAUUAUGGCCGUCACAUAUUGUAGCAUGAUAUGGAUUCUAUCCGUCACCAAGGGUCCGGAAAAAGGUAUUUCCCAUGACCCUUCGGACGCAUCAACAUCUAGUAUGGUCCGAAUUCGUAAUGCCUUGAACAGUAUAGGAUACAUCGCUCUCGUAUUCAGAGGUCACAAUGUUGUACUUGAAAUACAGGGGACAAUACGCUCGAUUUUAAAACGUCCAUCGCGAGUGCCUAUGUGGAGAGGAGUGAUAAUAUCAUAUUUACUCAUAGCAAUGUGUCUAUUUCCCAUUGCAAUUGUUGGAUAUUGGGCUUAUGGAAAUAUGAUACCCUUUAAUGGAGGAAUUUUAAGUGCAUUAAUGACAUUCCACAAAAACAACACGUCAAAAUAUGUCAUUGGUACAAUAUGUUUGACAAUGUUGAUACACUACAUGUGUGCAUUCCAAGUUUAUGCCAUGGUAGUGUUUGACAACUUAGAGCGCCUUUACGUUACGAAGAAAAACGAACCGUGCCCUCGAUGGGUCCGAUCAGCAAUCCGAGUCUUCUUUGGAGGAUUGACAUAUUUAAUUUCGGUGGCAUUCCCCUUUUUGGGAAGUUUGGGUUUACUCAUCGGCGCAAUAAUAUUACCUUUGACAUUGUCUUAUCCAUGCUUCAUGUGGAUUGCGAUGAAGAAACCUCGGGCAAUUAGUCCAAUGUGGUGCCUUAACAUAGGUCUCGGCUCGUUGGGUGUGUUGCUCAGCAUAGUAUUAGUCGUUUCAUCGUUGAGUACACUAAUAGCUAAUGGGUUAGAUGCCAAUUUCUUCAAGCCUUGAUGGCAACAUUGUAUAUCGUGAACAAAGUAAGAGGUUUAUACAAAAAUCGAUUUCAGUCACUGUCAUAUCCACUUUAUGUGAACACUGGUAGGAUAAUGAAAUUGGCACCAAAAACUCUUUUUAAAAGAGAUUAUUACGUAGAAAUGUCUACAA